UUCAACCUUGUGCUUCAAUAUCCUUAAUUAAAUCUUCAGCAUGGCCAGCAAAUAAUGGUUACACUACACGUAUACGUAAUAAGGCAGCCACCAUUAAGCAAUAUUUAAUUAGACAAAUGCACGAAAGUAUGCAACACAUUUUUGACAGCGUUACAGUUUUGCAAGCACAGAGCUUUGUAACUGAGGACGCGUCACGAUAAGCAAAAUAUUAUCGAAAAUGCGCGAGCAAACAAACGAUGCAUCAAUGUGGCAUUUGUCAAUAAGCCCUAGUAUUGGACCUUAACAAUUUCUGCAGUUUAUUGGCAGCCACAACACAAAACAGACAUGAAAAUCAUAUACUCGUACAUAACAUUGCUGUGGAUACAAUUGCUGGUGGCAGACGCAUCACGGACUUUGGACAGCUUGUCGGAUUAUUUGGAGAGCCAUGAUCUAACCGGAGUGGGUAAUACUAAGCACUGCUUUGUCAGCUAUUUGCCGCAGUUGGAGCAAGUGGGCGACACCUGGUCGAAGGAGUACAAUGCUUGUGUGCAGAAUGCGACCACAGUGCGUGGCGAUGUGUUGACCAAAGUGGAUGGUGUGCAGCAGAUAAUAAGGAAGAGUGCACAGGGAAUAGACAGCUACAUUGAGAAUUGCCUGGCUAUCGAGGAUGUCUUGGAUUUCUUCAAUUGCUUUGGCAGUCUGGUAAGAAUACGUAAGCACGUCUGUGCUUUGCACUACUUCAGUAUGCUAAUAAUGGUUAUACACUACACUCGACAGUCGAAGCAACAGUUGACCAACAUGUACGAGAUAUCCUUCAAUGCCUCGGAGAAUGCUUUGAGCCUUACACAGCAGCUGAAUGGCAUCGAGGCAGAGCGUUACCUCUGCACCAAUCGCACCGAAGAGAACUAUGUCCUGGGCACGGCAAACGUUUUCGAUGCUCUAGACAAAUGCCUCCAGCAGGCAGCAGCAAAUGUUGUAAAAAUUGUAGAUUAA